GACUUCGACUCCACUCGACUCUGUGUUUACUUUCGCCUCCUCCUUUGACCCACGACCCCGGUGACCGCCUCGAGCCUCUCUACGCCCGUCGGCCCACUUCGCCUUAUCGCAAGCGCCCGACCUCUGCGCGAGUCCACAACCAUGUUUUCCUCCAACUAUGAGCGGGUGCAAACACAUGACGAGGACGACCAUGUAGCCGGCCAAAACUCACAAUCUAUCCCUACCUCGCCCCCGCCAUCUUUCCGCUCUCGCAACUCUUCUCGCCGUAACUCUGCCCAACAGGAUCACCACCACGACGAGGAUGCCGACCGAGAUAUUGACGACGCCUUUGCCGCCCCUUCGGAUGACGAAUCAGACCACGACGGCCCAGACGCUGAUCGCAGGCGGCUUGUUCAACCCAGUGGCCGCGAAUCUCCAGAAACUGCUGCACCCGAAGUCCAACCUCCUCGAUUAGGACGUAGAGUCACCGAAAUUAAUAUGUUCCUUCCUGGUGGUAGUCGCUCCAAUAGUAGCAGAGCGAUUGGUGGUGGAACCAGCGCCAAUGAUGGUGUCUUUGCAAACAUUUCUGCGAAGCCUACACGUGGUGAAGAACUAGAAGAGAAGCCUCCGACAUAUGAACAAGCAGCUGCUGAUUCAGCGCCGCCAUACUGGGAAACCUCUAUUCUGGCUCCUGGUGCCUUUAACAGCGACGACAUCUUUGUCGAUGGUCUUGUUGUCGGCAGUCUGUUCUCCUUUGUCUGGAACGCUCUUAUCUCAAUGUCCUUCCAGCUUAUCGGUUUCCUCCUCACCUACCUUCUUCACACAACACAUGCUGCCAAGCACGGCUCUCGUGCUGGUCUGGGUAUCACCUUGAUACAAUAUGGUUUCACAUUCCGAUCAGUGCCUUCAGAUCCCGUCACUGGCGUACCCGCAAACGACCCAUCUGGUGCCAUCCCCUCAGACCCCAAUGAUCACGAUUUUGAUCCUUCCAAGGGAGUUGGAUCCGUUGCUGGCCCCGGAGAGACGAACGGACUAGGUGCUCAGGACUGGAUCUCGUAUGGACUUAUGAUUGUCGGAUGGUUCAUCUUGAUCCGAUCCGUUAGCCAGUUCAUCCGCGCAAGGCGGCAGGAGAUGAUCAUCCGCGGCACCAAUGACCGUGGUCUCGGUACGGCUGUUGUAGCAAGCAACGAGACACCUGAGCAAGCCGUCUAAGCUCAAAAGGUGGUUUGUUGGAGACUCAGGGGUAUUGGUUGGAAGGAAUGUAAUGGUGUACAGUGGAGUUUCUUCCCUAUGUGGCGAUGAUCAUAUCACAAUUUUUUGGUUUCAAAUUGCAUUAACAGCGGAUGGGUUGAUCUCAUAUUUCCGAUGGGGUCAAGGGUUCAGGGUUUCUUAUAGCUGUGCGCGUGAAAGCAAGAAAUUCAGCUUACUUUUCUCUUCUCACCUUCGGUCAAACAUCUGAUGUAUCGAGUGUGACGAUCGU